GAUCGAGUGCAAGCGCCGACAAUACUUAUGAUAUUGCUUAGACGCCUACGCACGUGCGGCAUCAGCGCUUCACCGCGGUCACCUCAGUACGCGCGUCGGUACACGCUAUCCUGCUUCUACCACUCCCUACACUCCCUAUUCACCCAUCGCUUUACCAUGUCUAGAUCCUACGAUCGAGCUCUCACCGUCUUCUCGCCGGACGGGCAUUUGUUCCAGGUCGAAUAUGCUCUAGAGGCCGUACGGAAGGGAACGUGCGCUGUAGGAGUUCGUGGCCAAGACGUUGUAGUCCUCGGAGUAGAGAAGAAGUCGGUUCUCCAAUUACAAGAUCCUAGGACCGUACGGAAGGUUGCCAUGCUUGAUGACCAUGUUUGUCUUGCAUUCGCCGGUCUCACUGCCGACGGUCGUGUCUUGAUUGACAAGGCACGGAUAGAAUGUCAGAGUCACCGUCUGACUGUAGAAGACCCCGUUACGAUAGAAUAUAUCACCAGACAUAUCGCCACUAUCCAGCAGAAAUACACGCAAUCGGGAGGAGUUCGACCAUUCGGAAUCUCAACUUUGAUCGUUGGCUUUGAUCCUCAUGAUGUCAAGCCCCGACUAUACCAGACAGAACCAAGCGGCAUCUACAGCGAGUGGAAAGCGAAUGCGAUCGGUCGGUCAUCGAAGACUGUGCGCGAAUUUUUGGAGAAGAACCACAAAGAUGGCAUGUCUCGCGACGAUGCUAUCAAACUGACGGUGAAGAGUCUUCUGGAAGUUGUCCAAACUGGCGCGAAGAACAUUGAAAUCAGUGUGAUGGAAAGCUACGGCAAAAUUACAAGCUUGGACCUUUCCCAGAUUGAAGCAAUUGUUGCCGAUAUUGAACGAGAGAAGGAAGCAGAGGCGGAGCGAAAACGUUCGAGACUUGCAGCAACCGCUGCUGGCCAAGCCGCCAUGAUGCAAAGAACAGGGGAGAGUUCGGGACAGUGAAGACAGCGCUUUCUCAGAUGUCCCUUUUCCUGUAUGACUUUAGCUCAGACACGUGUAUAUCAUUGUUUCCUUUGCUUUCGAGUACGCACACGCGUAUGAUAAUCAUCAGUUGGAACAGCAAUUGCUAUGAGAUAAGCAAUAUAGUUCUUGAGCUAGUUUAGGUAAAAGUGGUUCCUUAUUCGGUCACUUGUUUGGCAAAACCCUCUGAAAUAAAU